AUGGCCAACACGAACCAGAUGUCGACUGCACUUCUUACAGAGCACUUCCGAUACACACCACUCACAUUACUAGACGACAUCAUCAACACCGUAAAUGAGCUGGUCUUUCGCGCCGUGAAUGCGGUAGAAGAAGGUCUGAAUAAUGCACCACCCGAGAGCUUGGGCUUCAAGGCUGCAAGCCCGGAUGCUCCGCCAGAAUCGCAACGAGAUGCAAUGCAGGAGGCCAAGCAGAUGGAGAUUGACAACGGCAUCGUGAAGCUGGAGAGCUUACUGAACGCAACUGUGGACAAAGACUUUGACAAGUUUGAGAUCUACACAUUGCGGAAUAUACUGGCGGUAGGACAUGACAAGGAGCAGCUGGCGGGGUGGGUACAACUGGAUCACUACAAGAACCUGGACUUGUCGAGAGCAGAGGACGCGCCUACACCGGAGCAAGUGCAGCUACAACGGCGGAAACUACAUGAGACGACAAAGCUGAAUACCAUGCUGAAGGCGGAGGAGGCGCGAAAUGCUGCAGUCCUCGAGCAGCUUCGGUCGCUGAUGGGUACGGACUCUACGCCGGAUCUUUCGAACUCGCCUUUUGCUUUCCUCACAUCUUCGCAACAAGCUGGUAGCGGGCAGACUCAGAACCAGAAUGUGCAGUACGCAAUCAGCCAACUGCCAGCGCUGCGACAGCAUCUUGCACUGCUCAAGGACUCGCUUCAGACGCUGCCGAAUGCUCGUGGAAAGGAGGAGGAUGAGGACUCUGUGGAGGCUAAGCGGAGAAGAUACAUCGACUCGCAGUCGCGGAAGGCUCUGCAGCGGAGAGGCGUCGAGCCAGACAAUGCGAGCGUAGCAGGCGGGACUGGUAGGAGGGUUGGUAGGGAAGAGGUCGAAGGGAUUGAGGCUGUUGUGCAAGCUUUCGGUGGCGCUGAAGGAGCGAGCAGACGUGAUGACGAUGAGAUGGAGGAGUGA